AUGUAUUCCAUUUUGUUGUGUAUCAUUUCAUUAAAUGAAAAUUUGUCAACUGACUUAUGGGCCACCCAGUACAUCCAGUGCUGUUCUCCUACAGAGUCUACAUCGAAAUUUUCUGAUUACGGACUAAAUAAAGUAACUAAUGUCAAUUCAAGCCCAAAGUUACUAGAUCUGUUUGAAGUAAAUAACGAUUCAGACAAAUACAUGAUCACAGUUAAUCUCAAUGGUAAACCACAACAAUUCGAAGUAGACACAGGAGCAAAAUUCUCACUUCUAGCUAAAAAUGAUUUUGACAAACUCAAAUUGGACAUUCCAUUGGAAACAACUAACAUUGCUUUCAGAACUUACUCACGUAAUAUUAUCAAACCUGAAGGGAAAGUGAAAAUAAAUGUUACUUACUGUGGACGUUGCGUCAAAGAGGAACUCCACAUUGUUCCAACAGGACACGAAGCACUCUUGGGACGUCAAUGGAUAAGAGCCCUAGGAAUCGAACUGAACAAAUUGAAUGAAGACACAAAUCAAAGCACUCAAAUUUCCCAAAUCAAAAGAAUCCAGUCUCCUGAAGAAAUCUUUCAGUCUUUUUCCAACAUUUUUGAAGAGAAAAUUGGAUGCGUUCCAGACUUCAAAGUGUCAUUACAGCUUCGAAAUGGUGCAAAACCUAUUUUUGUUAAGGAACGAAAUGUCCCACAUGCUUUAACCGACCGAGUGAACAAGGAAUUGGACACACUGGAAAAUGAAGGGAUCAUUUCACCCGUGGAGGCCAGCGAUUGGGGAUCGCCACUGGUUGUCAUUCCUAAACCAGACGGUGGUGUCCGCCUCUGCGUCGAUUACAAAUGCGGUGUCAACGAGCGUCUAAUUCAAGCAAAUCAUCCUAUAAGGCGUAUUGAUGAUGUUAUUGACAGUUUGCGCAAUUCAAAAUACUUUUGCAAACUUGACCUCUACAAAGCCUAUUUACAUCUCCAGGUGGAUGAAGAAUCUAGCAUGAUACAGACAAUGACGACUCACAGAGGUACUUAUAGAGUACAUAGACUCAGUUUUGGCAUCAAAACUGCACCAUCAGAAUUCAACCGCAUACUCUCUCAGAUCUUAAAGGGGUUACGUAAGACAGAAGCGUAUUUUGAUGACAUUAUUGUGCAUGGUUCGACCAUUGAAGAAUGCAGUGAAAAUUUACAAGCCUGUCUACAGAGACUCUCUGAUUACAAUUUACAUGUCAACAGAAACAAAUGCUAA